ACGCUCUACGCUCGACGGGAUUGGGCGCCGGGGGGUGAGGUCAUCACUGGGCGCUGAGGAGGGGAGCGGGAAGCGCAGAGUCUUCUGGACCAUUAUGGCAGUGAAGUGGACUGGUGGACAUUCUUCUCCUAUCCUCUGCCUGAAUGCAAGUAAAGAAGGGCUAGUGGCUUCCGGAGCAGAGGGUGGAGAUCUCACAGCUUGGGGUGAAGAUGGAACUCCAUUAGGACACAUGCGAUUCCCAGGGGCUGAUGAUGUUACCAGUGUCUUAUUUUCUCCCUCCUGCCCCACCAAGCUCUAUGCCUCACAUGGAGAAACCAUUAGUAUACUGGAUGUCAGGUCCCUUAAAGGUUCCUUGGACCAUUUUCAUGUGAAUGAAGAAGAAAUCAAUUGUCUUUCAUUGAAUCAAACUGAAAACCUGCUGGCUUCUGCUGAUGACUCUGGGGCAAUCAAAAUCCUAGACUUGGAAAGCAAGAAAGUUAGCAGAUCCUUGAAGAGACAUUCCAAUAUCUGCUCCUCUGUGGCUUUUCGACCUCAGAGGCCUCAGAGCCUGGUAUCAUGUGGACUGGAUAUGCAGGUGAUGCUUUUGCAGAGAGCACUUGGGUAAUUUCUAAAUGGGAUUUUCUAACAUAAUCAAAUUAUUGAUCACACCAAAUAUCUGCUUUUUCUGUUUUCUACUAACAUGUUAUCCAUUUAUGAACGAUAAGCCUUAUUUCUAUAUUUAAUGCUAGACUGACAAAACUUAGUAGAUUUUAUUCACAAAGUAAUCAUUACUUCUUUAGACGUCCUUUUUCUAUACUGUAAGAUAUUCCUAAAACCUGAAAAUUCACAUAUUUGAUUGUAAACAUCUGUUUAAACAAACAACGGUAAGUACUAAAGGCAGAGUUGGUCC